AUGGGCCUCUCCAAGACCAACAGGAUCUUGAUCCUCCUGGUCAUCGACUCAGCUUUCUUCCUGCUUGAACUAAUAACUGGCUAUACCGUUCACUCCCUUGCCCUCGUCGCCGAUUCGUUUCACAUGUUAAACGAUGUCUUGUCGCUCUGCGUGGGAUUAUGGGCCGUCAAAGUUGCCAACCGCGAGACGAGUUCCAAGCAGUACACCUAUGGCUGGCAACGAGCGGAAACCCUCGGUGCGUUGGUCAACGGCGUGUUCCUCAUCGCGCUAUGCCUGUCAAUCUUCCUAGAGGCGAUCCAGCGACUGGUCGAGCCUCAAGAGGUGCAGAAUCCCAAGCUCGUAUGCAUCGUCGGCUGCUUCGGGCUUCUUUCGAAUAUUCUCGGUCUGGCUUUGUUUCACGAACACUCGCACGGGCAUGGCCACAGUCAUGAUAAUGGCGACCAUGCGGGCCACGAGGACCCGGAUGCCGCUGAGCGGGGUUUCGCUGACCCCCUGGCAAGCGACCCGGCUGUCGCAGAUCAGCGCGGCAGCGCAGCAGGCGUCAUGCCGGAGAACCUUGUGGGCAAGGACGACCCAGAACGUGUGCCGGGGAAUAGCUUGAUCCACCCAGCCACGGAGCCCACGUCUCCCACCUCCUGGAGGCGCCGGGUGGCAGAGGGCCAGACCCGUGGCGCACGAAGGUACAGCACAUCCACGGGCCGGGGAUAUGCUAAUGUACAGGACAUCCAUGUGCACCCUGCGACUCUGCGACAGGACAUCAUUGCGGCCAGCCGUGGCCGAUUCGACAAUGAAUCGUCGUCGGAGUCUGAAACUGGUCGAGAGGAAGACGACGAAAACGCGCCAUCUGAACGGUCGGGUCUCCUGAGACACAAAGACCGCGCGUCCAACUACACCGACGAGAAUGGCGCCCCCUUUAAACCUGCGGACCGGCUAGGGGACGAGGAUCUUCACAAGUCCCACAACCAUGCACAGCCGAAGCCGAAAGGACAGAAGAAAGGUGGUCAUGAUCUCAACAUGCGCGGUGUCUUUCUCCAUGUCAUGGGUGAUGCGCUGGGCAAUAUUGGAGUCAUCGUUUCUGCUCUGAUCAUCUGGUUGACCUCCUACGACUGGCGAUUCUACGUGGAUCCCGGCAUCUCCCUCUUCAUCACCGUCAUCAUCCUCGCCUCUGCAAUCCCGCUGUGCAAGGCGGCAUCCCGUAUUCUGUUGCAGGCCGUGCCGCCCGGCUUGAGUAUCGACCAUAUCAAAGAGGACAUUGAACGACUGCCGGGCAUCAUCGGCUCCCACCACCUACACGUGUGGCAAUUGAGCGACACCAAAAUCGUGGCGUCGAUCCACAUCCAAGUCGACACCGAAAUCAAAGGCGAGGGCUCGGAGAGGUACAUGCGUCUCGCCCAACAGGUGCGCCGAUGCCUCCACGCCUACGGCAUCCACUCCUCCACCAUCCAGCCGGAGUUUGCGCCGGAGAGCGAUGCCGAGGACAGCCAGAACCCCGGCCCGUCGUCAUCCCGCGCUCCCACCGAUGACCAGCCCAGCCGUGCGGCCAGCGUUCGGGAGGGCGAUCCCCAGGCGUGUCUGCUGGAGUGUGACGAGAACUGCGCUCGCGGUGGACAGUGCUGCCCGAAGAAACCAACAUAG